AGUUCAAUUUUUGAGUGACUGUUUAUCUGUCUGUCAGGCGCAACAGUUGAUGAACUUGCAGCAUGGAGGCGCCGCCAAGUGCAGUUGUUGCUCCUGUGCCAGCUGCGGGAUCAGCGGGGUCACGGGGCAAGCCACACGACACUGGCACAUUGACGCGCGAGGAUUUUGAUGGUGGACCCGUUAGCAUCGAUGAAGUGGAGACAGGGCUGUUUCUGGGCAACUUGACGGCCGCCACGCAUAUGGAGACAAUUAAAUCCUUUAAAAUCACACAUAUUUUAACGCUGGAUUCGGUGCCGUUGCCCCAACAUAUUGUGGACACCACAUUUCUGACCACAAAAUAUGUGCAAAUUGCCGAUAUGCCACGCGAGGAUAUCUUGCAGCAUCUGGAGGCGUGUGUCGAGUUCAUAGGCAAUGCAUUGGACCAACAGCACAACGUGCUCGUACACUGUUACUUUGGCGUGAGUCGCAGUUCCUCGGCGGUGAUUGCGUACGUGAUGAAGCGUCACAAUCUGGAUUAUCAGGCGGCUUUUGACAUGGUUAAGGCCAAGCGUCGCUUUGUGCAACCGAAUGGGGGUUUUGUGGCACAGUUGAAGCUGUUUCGUCGCAUGGGCUACAAGAUUGAUCCCAGCUAUCAACGCUAUAAGAUGCAUCGCCUGCGUUUGGCUGGCGAACAGAUGCGCAAGGCAAAGAUAUUGCCGCAGAGUUUCCAUAGUGUUGUGCGCCCGGAUCCGGAUAUAACACGUGAGAAUCCGGAACCAAUUGUGUUUCGUUGUCGUCGCUGUCGUCGUGUGCUUGCCACCAAAUCUCAUGUGCUGGAGCAUCGUUCCCGCAAUGUGCCAGCAACGGGAUCCGGAUCCGGAUUAGAAGUCGAAUUGCCAACAACAACAACUGGGACAACAGCAAAUGAACCGCGUCUUCUGGAGCAGCUGGCGGAGCGCAUAAGGAAAUCAUCGCUGGGUUCAUCGCCCAGUCACGAGACGAAUCAAUGUCGCAGCCUGUUGUUUGUGGAACCCAUUGCGUGGAUGCAUCGCAUCAUGCUCAACACUCAGGGGCGCCUCUAUUGCCCCAAAUGCGAACAAAAACUGGGCAACUUUAGUUGGGUUAAUGCCUGUCAAUGUCCUUGUGGCGAGACUAUGACGCCCGCUUUCUAUUUGAUACCUUCCAAGGUGGAGCUCUCCAAAGCCGUGCAGAAUGUGCAGACAACGGUCUAAAUAUGUCUUCCACAUUUUGCCAAAAGGGAACAAGAAAAGCAGCAGAGGAAAAAGAAUAAGGAAAAGCUUCAACAAGGCUUAAAUUUACAUAAACAGAAGGGGAAAAGGAAAAGAAAGAAGGAAGAGGACAACCAAAUUCUUCAAAUUCAAGUCCAAGAAAGAAGAGUUAAAAUAGAAAAAAAGGUUAAAAAAGUGCAACGCAAGCUUCAAUUUAUACCAAAUGCAAUUUAUGAGCAAAACAAAAUGAGAAAUUUAAUGAAAAACAAAAAUACUAAAACCAAAGCUUAAAAUUUUCCUAAAAUAAAAAGCCUGGACAAGUAAAACCAUAGCCUAAAUAUUAGAAAAGAUAUAAAUUGUACAACCAUAUCUUCAAAUUUUUCGCAAAACUAAAAGAAACGAAGAAAAUUAAUGAGAAAAGGACGAACAAAGCUUAAAGCUUACUUAAAGGUAAAGCGUUACAAAGAAAAAGGAAAAAUUAAGAUUUUUUUAAAAAGAAAUGAAAAACGAAGGAAGAAAAGUAAAACCAUAUCUUAAAAUUUUUGUGAAAUAAGAAAGUAAACAAAAACGGAUGCUAGGGAAAAAGAAAGUACAGUCAAAGCAUAACUCUUUGCUGAAAAGAAAAAUGCUAACAUAUUUGCAGAAUGAUGAAAGAAAAACGGAUGUUAAAGACGAGGAAAAGAGCAGCCGAAACUUAAAUUUUUGCUGAAGGAAAAGGAAAAA